AUGAUGCUCGAGAUUAUCGCCGCCGCCGCCACCUCCCUUCACCACCUCCUGAUCGCCCUCCCCUUCCUCUGCUCCGGACACCCCAUCUGCGGCGGCCUUUGCUUCUACGUCAUGCACCGCAUCGAGACCUCCUACAAGGUAAAAAUGGAGGAGAGGCUGCGAAGGUACGAGGCGCACUUGCUCGCCAAGGAGAAGGAGGCGCAGCAACUACAGGACGAGGGCCGCCGCGAGGACCAGGCGCAGCUCCUGCCGGACUCGUGA